AUGGCCACCAAGGGCUACCAGGCUCAAGCACCGGCGAUGCCCGCGGCGGGAGGGCCCGCCGGCUCCGGCGGCGGCAACAAGGCGCCGACGGGGAGCACGUCCCUGCCGAGGCGCGGCCAGAUCAAGGAGCGGAUCAUCAAGGACGUGAUCACCGCGGUCACCAACCUGGCCGCCGGGCUCGUCCGCGCCGACAAGAACGGCGCCGGCACCGGCGGUCUCCCGGCCGCCGGCGACGCCGACGCCAAGUGA